AUGGGCUUGAGCAAUGCCACACUCACCAUCCUGGGUACAGGAAACAUUACCAAGCCCAUUGUGAAGAAUCUGUUGCCUGCUAUCAAGGAUGGCAAGACAGAUUUGCCCUUCACUAAGAUCGUCGCUUGUGUGCGCUCAGAGAGCUCGGAGAAAAAGCUCAAUGAGCAAUUCUCAGAGUACAGCGGCGUCUUGACCGUUUCGCGCGGUGAGAAUGUCAAGGCUGUACAACAAGCUGAUGCCAUCAUCUUGGGUGUUGACCCUGCUGAUAUCGAGAGUGUUCUCACACAAGAUGGCAUUCGCGACGCUCUAUCUGGGAAGCUCCUCAUCAGUGUCGCCGCAGGCUGGACAAAGGAGAAAAUUGAGUCCACCAUCUACGGUAGCGAGACCAACAAGGACAACAGCUCUGGUCGAGUAUGGGUCAUCCGCACAUUGCCCAACAUCGCGUGCAUGGUCUCCGAAGGCUUAAUCGCCAUCGAGAAGUCACCUUCAGAGCCAGAAGUCCCCAAAGAGCACCGCGACCUCACUAAAGCUCUCUUCACAACCAUCGGCGAGACCGUUGAAGUCCCCCCACGUCUGAUGAAUGCCACUACCGCAGUUGGAGGUUCAACCCCUGCAUUCUGGGCUGUCAUCUGUGAUGCCUUCAUCGAUGCGUCCGUAGCGGUAGGUGUUCCCCGCGCCGACGCCCAGACUAUGAUCUAUCAAUCCAUGAAGGGGUCAGCGGCAAUGCUGCAGAGUGGAUUGCAGCCAGGAGAUCUGAGAGAUCAGGGUACGUCGCCUGAGGGGUGCACUAUUGGAGGAAUCAUGGUUCUGGAAGAGGCUGGUGUCAGGGGUCAUCUUGGACGGGCACUAAGGGAGGCUGUUACUACGGCGCGGUUGAUGGAGACCACCACUCAUGUGAAUGAUACACGCCCUACUUCAUAG